AGAUGGGCUUUGCCUUGAGCUCUACUCAGCUUAACCUUUCUUUCACUUAUUCUCUUCUCUAAAAUUUCUUCCUUACUUUUUCUCCAAUCUCCAAUUCCGGCCAAUCUCCGAUGUCAACCGAAUCGGAAGACGUUGUCCGACGUCGCACCGUCACCACAGAGUACCGGAAGAAGCUUCUCCAACAUAAGGAGCUCGAUUCCCGUGUUCGCGCAGUGAGGGAAAAGUUGCGGACUGCCAAGAAGGAGUUUUGUAAAACUGAAGAUGACCUUAAGUCGCUUCAGAGCGUUGGGCAGAUCAUUGGUGAAGUUCUUAGGCCUCUUGAUAAUGAACGCUUGAUUGUGAAGGCAAGUAGUGGUCCUAGGUAUGUUGUUGGCUGCCGGAAUAAAGUGGACAAGGAGAAACUAACUGCAGGAACUCGAGUUGUUCUCGAUAUGACUACAUUGACUAUCAUGAGGGCUCUUCCACGUGAAGUUGAUCCAGUUGUAUACAAUAUGCUUCAUGAAGAUCCUGGUAAUGUUAGCUAUUCUGCUGUGGGAGGACUUGGAGAUCAGAUUAGAGAGCUUAGGGAAUCUAUAGAGCUUCCUCUUAUGAAUCCUGAGCUCUUUCUUAGAGUUGGAAUCAAACCUCCAAAGGGUGUUCUUCUAUAUGGACCUCCUGGAACGGGGAAAACUUUGCUGGCCAGAGCUAUUGCUAGCAAUAUAGAUGCUAACUUUUUAAAGGUUGUAUCCAGUGCCAUCAUUGAUAAGUAUAUUGGUGAAAGUGCAAGAUUGAUUAGAGAAAUGUUUGGCUAUGCUCGGGAUCACCAGCCUUGUAUCAUUUUUAUGGAUGAGAUCGAUGCUAUUGGUGGGCGCCGAUUCAGUGAAGGGACUAGUGCAGAUCGUGAAAUUCAAAGAACACUCAUGGAGUUGCUUAAUCAACUAGAUGGAUUUGACCAGCUUGGGAAGGUUAAAAUGAUCAUGGCAACAAACAGACCUGAUGUUCUGGACCCUGCACUUCUCCGUCCGGGGAGACUUGACCGGAAAAUAGAGAUUCCGUUACCUAAUGAACAGUCAAGAAUGGAAAUUUUGAAAAUUCAUGCUUCUGGUAUUGCCAAACAUGGAGAAAUUGACUAUGAAGCAGUUGUGAAGCUUGCUGAGGGAUUCAAUGGGGCUGAUCUCCGAAAUGUUUGCACUGAAGCUGGGAUGUCUGCAAUUCGUGCUGAAAGGGACUAUGUCAUCCAUGAGGAUUUCAUGAAGGCUGUGCGAAAAUUGAACGAAGCAAAGAAACUUGAAUCCAGCUCCCACUACAAUGCUGAUUUCGGAAAGGAAUGAAGCUGAAAUUUAAUCCACUAAAAAAUUGAACAAAAAAGUCGGAACUUAAAAUAAUCUGGCAGUUGGAUUUUUCCGUUCUUCAUAACGAGAAGAUGCAGAUGGUGGCAAUGCAAUACAUUUUCUUCCACAAUGUGCCACCAAACUCUGGUUUGGUAUAUGGAUAAAACAGUUGAUUGACAAUGUUCUUCUUCAAAUUAUCAUUUUGUAGUUCAGCUAUAUAAUUGUCAAGCUCCCAGUUGUGUGUUUCCUUAUUUAUCAUUAAAACCCAUUAUUUUUCAGUCUUCUAGUGUUAGGUUUUAACAUUAUCCACCACUGAGACUUGUUACAUUAUCAAUUUUAAUUUUUUUU